AAGAGCAUGAGACCCUACUUAUUGAAGUGGAGAACUGAAAGUGUCACAUGUGAAAGACAUCAGGAGGAACACAAGCUGUUCUGUGAGGAGGACCAAACCCUCCUCUGUGCAUCUUGCUUCCAAACCCAGGAACACAGCAGGCAUACAGUGCACCUUAUAGAAAAAGCUGCAGGGGCUUCUAGGGACAAGGUCCAGAAAACUUUGUCUUGUCUAAGGAAAGAAGUGGAGAUGGUUCAGAACAUUCUGGCUGAAGAGAGAGAGAAAAGGGAGACUUGGAAUGAACAGGCACAUGCUUGGAGAAAGAGCAUUAGAAGGCAAUAUAAGCAAUUAUACCAUUUCCUGCAGAAUGAGGAAAAGAGGUACCUUGAUGAUUUGGACAUAAAUGAAUGGAAAACAUGAGGAGACUAAGAGAAAA